AUGGAACCGGAUGGGACCUAUGAACCGGGUUUCGUGGGUAUUCGGUUCUGUCAGGAAUGUAACAACAUGUUGUAUCCCAAAGAGGACAAAGAGAACCGCAUUCUGCUCUACGCGUGCUGAAACUGUGAUUACCAGCAAGAAGCCGACAACAGCUACAUCUACGUCAACAAGAUCACGCACGAAGUGGAUGAACUGACCCAGAUCAUUGCAGACGUGUCCCAGGACCCCACACUACCGCGGACCGAGGACCACCCGUGUCAGAAGUGUGGCCACAAGGAGGCGGUGUUCUUCCAAUCACACAGUGCCCGGGCUGAGGACGCUAUGCGCCUUUACUACGUGUGCACGGCCCCGCACUGCGGCCACCGCUGGACUGAGUGA